AUGGGCUGGUUAAAGACACAGGCAGAGCUGCUGUGGAGGUCCAAGUUCCAUGUUGGAGAUGAGGAGAGCCUUGGUUUUGUCCACAGAGAUGAGCUGAAUAAGACUUAUGGAGAACCAAAUGAUGAUUUGGAUUCCCACAGCUCUAGUCCAGAGGGCUUGGGCACACACCAUCUUAACAGUCCCAGCACUGGAGCUCCACAAAGCAUCCACCCAAAAAUCACCACCUGGGAGGCAGGCUGGAACGUCACCAACGCCAUUCAGGGGAUUUUUGUUCUGGGGCUGCCUUAUGCUCUUCUUCAGAGCGGUUACCUGGGUCUCCUACUCCUGGUCAUGGCAGCACUGGUCUGCAGCUACACGGGGAAAAUACUGAUUGCCUGUCUGUAUGAGGAGAAUGAGGAGGGAAGGCCAGUCCGGGUCAGAGAUACGUACGAAGACAUUGCCAACGCCUGCUGUAAACGUCUUUGUCCUCGUCUGGGUGGUAAACUUGUCAACACCGCACAAGUGGUAGAACUAUCCAUGACCUGUACUCUUUACCUGGUCGUCAGCAGCAACCUGAUGCUACACAGUUUCCCAUUCCUUCCGCUGACCCCUGCCACUUGGUCGACCGUGACCUUUCUGACCUUGAUGCCGUGUAUGCUGAUCCGGGACCUGCGGAUAGUGUCGCAUCUCAGCUUGCUCUGUUCCCUGGCCCAAUUCUUCAUCAUCUUUAUCAUCAUCUUGUAUUGCCUUCAGCAGGCGCAGCAUUGGUCCUGGAGGAGGUUGUCUCUUGCUGUGGAAUUUGAUAAGCUCCUGAUGUCUGUUGGAGUCAUCAUAUUCAGCUAUACCUCCCAGAUCUUCCUGCCCACAUUGGAAGGGAACAUGGAGAACAGAGAGGACUUCUCAAACAUGAUGAGUUGGACACAUUCCUUGGCCUGUAUCCUCAAGACCAUCUUCUCAGUCCUGGCUUUCCUAACGUGGGGUGAAGAUACCAAGGAGGUGAUCACUGAUAACCUCCCCAGUGGUCUCCGCCUAGUGGUCAACCUGUGUCUCCUGGCCAAAGCUUUGCUGUCUUACCCUCUGCCGUUCUACGCCGCGGCAGAAGUUCUCCAGGCGGGUGUUCUGAAGUUGGAGCACGCUCAGGGCAGGACAGAAAAGUUGACGCUGGCUCUUCGGGGAUGUCUCCUCCUCCUGACUUUCCUCAUGGCCAUGUUCAUGCCCCAUUUCUCUCUGCUCAUGGGUCUGACAGGCAGCGUCACUGGAGCUGCAAUGACACUACUCCUUCCCGCCCUUUUUCAUCUGCAGUUGAAGUGGACUCAGCUGGACAGCAAACAAAAGGCGCUCAAUUUUCUCAUCCUAGCGCUGGGCUCGCUGUGCAGUCUAUCAGGAGUAAUUUGUUCCAUUAAGGGGAUGAUGGAGGCUUUUGGGAACAGAUAA